UGGACCGGCAUUAGUCUGUCUGCAGGCACUCACGAAAGAUCAGGAUACGCAGGAAGAUGAGGCUCGGCGCUACCAUUCCAAACUUCUCUGCCAACACCACGCAGGGGGAGAUUAAGUUCCACCAAUGGCAAGGAGACUCGUGGUGCAUACUGUUCUCGCAUCCUGCAGAUUUCACCCCUGUCUGCACCACAGAGCUGGGUCGCAUUGCUGUUCAUGACCAUGAGUUUAAGAAGCGAGGAGUCAAGGUUAUAGCUCACUCUUGCGACAAACUGAAGUCCCACAGUGAUUGGGUUAAGGACAUCAAAUCAUACUGCUUGGACAUUCGUGGGGACUUUCCAUACCCCAUCAUAGCAGAUGAGACUCGGGAGCUCGCAGUGAGGCUGGACAUGAUUGAUGAGGACAACAAGGACAACGAGGCAGAAGCCAUGACUGUUCGUGCACUGUACAUCAUUGGACCAGACCACAAGCUUAGACUGUCCAUGCUGUACCCGGCCUCAACUGGCAGGAAUGUUGAUGAAAUUCUUCGAGUUAUUGAUUCCCUUCAGCUUACUGAUAGGCUGAAAGUCAUAGCAACCCCUGCCAACUGGACGCCUGGCACGAAAGUGAUGAUCCUGCCACAUGUGAAGGAUGAGGACCUACCCAAGUUGUUCCCUAAGGGUGUGGAUAAAGUCAGCAUGCCUUCAGGGAUCACUUAUGUGCGAACCACAACCGACUACUGAACCUCCAUUAUUUCACCUGCAUAUGGUAUUUUGUUUUGCUAUUGGGAAUAUUUGCACUGAUAAAGAUUUCAUAACUAAUAUUAUAUACAAUGAAAUAAACAGCAAAAUAAAUUUGCAAAGUACUACUUAUUUGCUGUAGGCAUUUAUUCAAGAGAUGCAUGUUCACCUGAUUUAAGUUUGCAAUGAUUUUCCUGUUUCUUCAGACAAGAGUAGACUAUUGGUGGUCUCAUUCCUAAUUGUUUACCUGCCCACCAUUCACAAUGAAAAGAAGCUCCAGUACACACUUGAUAUUAGGCUGGGUGGGCCUCAGAGCCUGUCUGGAAUAAACAGUCUUACACUAAAUUCUCCCAAUAUAACUUCCAAACUGGUAAAUGAACUGCAAAAUAUACAAUUCUGAAAGGAAGUCAAACAAAUAUAAAGUAAAUAAUUUAUAUGAGAGUUCUGGAUCUCUCUUACCACAGACAAAGAAUAAUAACUAAAGUUUUAUCAAUUAAUCAGAGGAACAGUCUGUAGAAAAUUUAAUGAUAUUCAGGAAGAGAACUUUCUUUUAUUUUACUGUCUUAGAAUCAACACUGCAAAAUAUAUAUAAUAUAUAUCUGACUCAGCAGGUAUCUAGCAUGUUAAAAUAACAAGAACAGAGAACUGCAUUUAUGACUCUUACAAGAACAAUUCAUAUGACAUUAACACAUAAAUUAAUUACCUGUUGAAGUAUGAUUCAUGAAAUAGUGCAACAGUGGGAAAAUAUCACAGAAAACUGAUCAGCAACCUCACUUACAACUUCAAUAUGAUUCCAAUCACAUGCUUAUAAAGAAGAAAAUUGUGUCAACCAUUUUAUGAAUGCACUCACUCAGAGACACCUUUAAUACUGCCAUAUUUUAUUUCAUUUGCAAUAUUAUGAUGGAGCUGCAAAAAUAUUAACUCCAGGCUUAGUGACAAUUGUGUUAUUAGUUAAUGGGAAGGAACAGCUCAGAAAUUAGAAAACUUCAUCCUUUCCCCCACUCAAAAACCGAUUUGUACUUACUCUGGUAAGUACUGCUGUUAAUUUAUUCAACACAUAUUUUUCAUGUUCAAUUUAUUCUUAAAACAAUACUACAAAAGUAAUCUUAAGCCUGGACAACUUGUAGUAUCUUCAAACAUGAGUCUCUAGCAUUUCAAGUCAAGGCUUGAGAGUUGGCACACCAUGUAUUUGUCACAUAUAUUAUACUGUUACUACAAGGAAAAAGAAUCUCCAUACACUUACGUUUCUAUACUCGCAAACUGUGGAACUGUUGCAAUAUAAUGAACUAAGGAUUACAUACUAUAUAAGAUUGAGAAAUUAAGUACAUAUAGACAGAACAUAAAGCAAUUUACCAGAAAGUUGUUAAACUGUAUUUUCUUGGCACUUUCAAUAUAAUUGAAGGAUAAAUAAUAUACAAGGCAUGAGAAAAUAUUCCAGUUCCUACUUGUCAAAUGAUAUUUAUUCACUGCCCUCAAAUGAGAGAAACGAUAUUAUUGCUGUUGCAUGAUAUUACUAACUUAGAGCCUCUAAUCAGUGAAGAAAAUGAAAUGUUUUUAAACAGUGCCACUGGGAUGACUCUGAAGUCAGCUCCCCCAACAAAAAACAUUGAUGACCGAAACUUAAAAAAAAUUAAUUUUUAAAGGUACUGCACUGUAUACUUAACAUAAGUAAAUACUUUGAAAAUACUGCCAACACAUUAACACAAAUUUAAAAAGAAAUAACUGAAACAAAAUCCUUUAAUAUAAACUACUACUGUAAACUUCCAGUUUUCUCAGGUGAGCAGGCAACUACAUUUUUCAAGCUGUUAUACAUAUUGUAUCAGAUUAAUUUUAACAGUGGUAUAAGGACAAAUAACACCUACCAAUUUUAUUUUGCCAAUGAUAUAUAUCUAUACUGUCUCUAGUAGAAAUAAAAUCAACAGUAUCAACUUGGAA